AACCGAAAGCUGUGACAAUAUUGUAUACAUGUAACGAUCUAUAAACAUGAUAUAAGCACAGCUGAUUGAGGCACAACGGAAUAUUCAAUAAGUAGAAUUAGUGGAUGUUUCACUGAAAAAGGAGAAACCAAAAUCAGUAGAACAAGGAUAUUGCAAAAAUGGCUACAGACGCCGAGAAACUUGCUAAAUUGUCUAUGGAUGAAGGAAGUGGAGAUGUGGUUAACCCAUGGAAUGUUUCAAGCUCUUCACAGAAAGGCAUAGACUACGCCAAGUUAAUCAAUAAAUUUGGAAGUUCAAAGAUCGACAGUGAACUGCUUGCAAGGAUUGAAAAAGUUACAGGCAAACCUGUCCACCAUCUGCUGCGGAGGGGCAUCUUCUUCUCACACAGGGAGAUGCAUGUGAUCCUGGACAAAGUGGAGAAGAAGCAGCCGUUCUAUCUAUACACAGGAAGGGGUCCAUCCUCCGAGGCCAUGCAUCUCGGACAUCUCAUCCCAUUCAUAUUUACCAAGUGGCUGCAGGACACAUUUGAUGUGCCACUGGUCAUCCAGAUGACCGAUGACGAGAAGUUUCUGUGGAAGGAUCUGACAAUUGACGAGGCCAACAGACUUGCACAUGAAAAUGCUAAAGACAUCAUUGCUUGUGGCUUUGACGUCAAUAAAACAUUUAUCUUCAGUGACGUAGAAUAUAUCUCCUCGUCUCCGGAAUUCUACAAGUUGAUGUGUCGAAUCCAAAAAUGUGUCACAUAUAACCAGGUGAAGGGUAUCUUCGGCUUCACUGACAGUGACUGUAUUGGCAAAAUCUCCUUCCCUGCUAUCCAAGCCACACCCAGCUUCAGUGGGGCUUUUCCGCAGAUCUUCGGCGGUCAUCAGAAGAUUCAUUGCCUCAUUCCAUGUGCAAUAGACCAGGACCCGUACUUUAGGAUGACACGUGAUGUGGCCCCCAGACUUAACUGUGAGAAGCCAGCUCUGUUACACUCAACAUUCUUCCCUGCCCUUCAGGGAGCCCAGAGUAAAAUGAGUGCCAGUGAUCCGACCUCCUCAAUCUUUCUCACCGACUCAGACAAAGAGAUUAAGGAUAAGAUUAACAAGUACGCCUACUCUGGGGGUGGAAGCACUGUAGAGGAACACAAGGAGAAGGGAGGCGACUGCGAAGUGGAUGUUGCCUUCCAGUACAUGAAGUUUUUCUCCGAGGAUGACGAGCGUCUUGCAGAGAUCGAGAAGGCCUACACAAAGGGGGAACUUCUGACUGGUCAUCUCAAGAAGGAACUAAUUGGUGUACUUCAAAAGCUGAUAGGGGAACACAGAGAGAGAAGGGCAAAGGUCACAAAAGAAGAAGUGGACCAAUUCAUGACACCAAGGAAGCUUAAGUUUGAUUACGGAGGCCUAAAGCUAUAACUCAUUUAUAAACAUUUGAAUUAAGUAACAUUCUCAUGACUGAGCCUGUGCAAUUAGAGGAAUUUGCUAUAUAGAACAUUAUCUGAAUCUAGUCUGUCUAGAACCACUUAUUGAUUUAAAGCAUUUCCUGAAAGGAUUCCAAUCCUGAUAACAAUGGGCUGCUGCUUCUUGUCUCACUUUACUUUUGAUGCUUAAAUAGAAGACCACAUGAUUUUAAGGAGGUGUUUAAUUUGAGGUUGUAGCUUUGAAAAAUGAAAUUGCUUGUAAACUGGUAAUCAAACGUAUUAAUGAGAAGUUCUAUUUUUCUUUCUUAUACAAAUAUCUUGGAUUAGAAUUCUGUUUGUAACAGAGACAUGUAUCAAGGGACGAGUACAAUCUGUUUAGUGUCUCGUUGUGCAACUGAUCAAUCUUUCUGGUGAAGUAAUUACAAAGUAGUGUGAAAAUCAGACAUUUUAUGCUGACAAAUUGUUUCUGUUUUCUUGUACUCUCUGCAAGUAGAUGCACCUGCUGACAUAUUUACGAGAUAAACAUGUUGUCGGUUUUCCAACAGGGAAUUUUCAAGACUACUAAAUAGUUGAAGAAUCACUUCGUGAAAAUGAUGUCGGAUGUUAAUUAUGCAUAAAAUCUAAUAAAAAUAACAAAAGAUUA